AUGGCGGGACCCAAGUUCGAUGCGGAAGGCUUGAGAGAUGAGUGGGAUUCGAUUGAGGCCAUCCGAAUCCGUCUGCGCUCCGGGAAACCUUUGCUUGAUGGUACAAUGUCCGAAUACUCGAUCAACAGAUGCAAGGCAAAUCGGGAUGUCAUGGUUCCUCUAUUGCUUCGCUCUGUGGCCUGUGAACACAAGCGCCCAGAGGUGGAGCUUCUGAGAGAAGAGAUCGAAAAUUUGCUUAUGAUGAAUCAGACAGAGUUUUCGGAGUCGCAUAUUGAUGAUAUGGCAUGGGAAUUGCGCAAACUUCUUACUUUCAUCAAGCGGCUUCGGAAUGCAAAGAUGCGGGCCUCUGCGCCCCCAGCUGCUGUGAGCUCUCCGGCUCCUCCUGUGGCCACUCCUGUGGUGACAAGAUCCCUGGACUCUGACGAGACCCAAGUGACGGACAUCUUUGAUUGCCCUACCCCAACUGAGCAUGCUGUUCCUUGUGACCUGGCCAUCGACAAAAGCUUGCCAGCUGAUUUCCUUCGUGAUCAGUAUCAGCACGGUGCGGCUGCUCAUGCAACCCCAACACGACUGUUGUUUGCUGCAGAAACCGAGCCGAUUGCUGAAGCAACCCAGCUGCCUGCUGAAGCACCCGAGCCGAUUGCUAAAGCAGCCGAGCUGCCUGCUGAAGCACCCGAGCCAAUCGCUGAAGCACCCGAGCCGAGUGCUGAAACACCCCAGCCGAUGGAUCCUCUCCAUGAUGAUGAGCCCAUUCCGGAUGAGUCGAAGGUGCUUUCUCAGCUUGGCCUGCGCAAACGCAAGAAGGACGUGAACAAGCUGGCCAAGGCCAAGAAGCCAGCUCCCAAGGAGAAGGUUAAGCGCAAGAAGUCAGGGCUGUGUAAAUUGCGCCGAAGCAAGCGGGCCUCGACAUCCGUGGCUUGCGGCAGUGGGGAUCCGAUGCCCGACGGUGAUGCUGAGGCCUGGUGGUCACGAGCAGACCACUGGGUUUGGGAUGAUGAGAUGAACAAUUAUGUGAAGCUCGAGAAGGGUGAUGGCUACAUUAGUGUCCAGACACCUGAGGAUCAUGAUGAUGCUGCUAAGGCUGCUAAGAAGGUCAAGACCAAAUGCAGGGUCAGAGGCAAGACCCCGGAGGCUGAGCCCGAGGAGUUGGAAGAGCGUGCCGCCCCGACCCCGAAGCCGAAAGCAAAGGCGAAGUCCAAAGCAAAAGCUUCCCCGAAGGCUUCCCCGAAGGCUUCCCCGAAAGGUGCUGCAAAGGCGAAGGCCAAAGCAAAAUCCAAGUCGAAGUCCAAAGCAGAAGCUUCCCCAAAGGCUUCCCCGAAAGGCGUUGCAAAGGCUAGCAAGAAGGGCGGCCGUCGACCCAGGGCAUCGUCAGUGGAGGCUUACGAUGUUGAGGAGCGCGAUGUGGAGUGGAUUUCCGAUUGGGUUCGGGAGUCAAAUCUCACAGGGUCUCUCGAUGAUUUCAAGCUGUCUGUCAAGCCCUUCCUCCCCGACAAUUCGUUUGGAUACCGGUGCAACAUCUACUGGACAACGGCUAAGUGCGGUGUGACACUGAGAUUCACGGAUGAGUCUGGUCAGAAGAAGCAAACCGAUCUCGUGACGUUUGGCUUUGGCAAGACACGCCUAGCAACAGCUGUUGCGAUUUCCUGUGCCUGUUCCGUUGCAGUUUGGUUGCAUUGA